AUGGGCGAACUCAACUUCUUCCUUGGUCUGCAAAUCAAACAAGGAAAAGAAGGAACUUUCGUUAGCCAAACCAAAUAUUGCAAGGAAUUGCUCAAAAGAUUUGGAAUGGAUAAUGCUAAGGCAAUGGACACACCAAUGAGCAUUACUUGCUACCUUGACAAAGAUGAACAAGGAUCCACUUGUGAUUUGAUUGGUUAUUCCGAUUCCGAUUUUGCCGGUUGCAAAUUGGAUAGGAAAAGCACUAGCGGCACUUGUCACUUGCUAGGAAACUCUCUUGUUUUAUGGCAUAGUAAGAAACAAGUAAGUGUAGCCUUGUCUACCGCCGAAGCCGAGUAUGUAGCCGCCGGUAGUUGUUGCGCCCAAAUUUUAUGGAUGAAACAACAACUUAUGGACUAUGGACUCAUGCUUGAUCACAUUCCUAUCAAAUGUGAUAAUACUAGUGCAAUAAAUUUAACCAAGAAUCCGGUUCAACAUUCAAGAACCAAGCAUAUUGAGAUUAGACAUCACUUCAUAAGAGACCAUGUUCAAAAGGGUGAUGUGGUUAUUGAAUUGUCGAAACUAGUAAACAACUAG